AAACACACCUCCACUACUCAGAUUACUGAGGGUUUAAUUAACUUUCAGUUUCAAUGUCUUAAAUCUGAUUAUCAGAUUAAAUGAUCACAUUAAUGAGGUGGUUGUAGUCUGAUAAUCAAAUUAGAUGAUCACAUUAAUGAGGUGGUUGUAGUCUGAUAAUCAGAUUAGAUGAUCACAUUAAUGAGGUGGUUGUAGUCUGAUAAUCAGAUUAGAUGAUCACAUUAAUGAGGUGGUUGUAGUCUGAUAAUCAAAUUAGAUGAUCACAUUAAUGAGGUGGUUGUAGUCUGAUAAUCAGAUUAGAUGAUGUUGACAUGUUUUGUUUCCUUCUCAGGAGUUGAAUCGUUUGAAUCUAGAAUCGUCUAACGGAAAGCUGAUGUCUGAUUUGUCGGUUUCCUACAUUGACUCCUCCCUAAUCUCCCCGGAGACUGGCUCCCUAUUGGGUAACUCGGUUUCCAUGGCGUCAGCUGGCUCCUUGUUGGCUAAACAGAACAAGCCCAAAAGUGGGCGGAGUUUACUUGGAGGACCUGCAGCACUCAGCCCGCUGACACCCAGUUUUGGCAUUCUGCCCCUGGAGCCCAGCCCAGGAGACCCCACGUAUCUACAGAACUAUUCAGCUACCAUGGAAACACAAUCGACGGCUCCGAGCAAGAAGUCUGUCUCCAGGAUCAGUCAGUCAAAAUCUGUCUUCAGUCAGAGUGGAAACAGCAGAGAUGUUCUCCCCAUCCCCUUCAACCAAUCACAGAGCUCCGCCCCUCACACUAGUGGCUCCCCUCAGGUCCUCAGUCCCAGUAUGUCUGGUCCUCCAAACGUUCAGCCCAGAAGAAGCUCCAGACUGUUUACUAGUGCCAGUUCUACUGCCAAGGAGAACAGCAAGAAGUUAAAGAUGAAGUUUCCUACAAAGAUCCCCAACAGGAAAACUAAAUGUAAAUCAGCAAAGACGUCAAAUAGCAGCAACCUGAACGAGAGUCUGGACAUCCUGAGACUGGACGCCAGUCUGAGUCUACCAGACACCAAGAUCCCCCAGUACCAAAGGGCUGCUGCAGACAGUGUGAUGGCGUUGCUACGGGAGAUUGGACGCGGUUACCAGGUGUUGUGCUCGUACAACUGCAGAGAAGCUAUCAACAUCCUGACCUCACUGCCUCCUCAGCACUACAACACCGGCUGGGUCCUCACACACAUCGGCAGGGCUUACUUUGAACUGGCCGAGUACACACAGGCGGAGCGUCUGUUCAGCGAGGUUCGUAGGAUCGAGUCGUACAGAGUUGAAGGAAUGGAGAUUUAUUCAACUACACUGUGGCACCUGCAGAAAGACGUGGCGCUGUCCGCCCUGUCCAAAGACCUGACCGACAUGGACAAGAACUGUCCCGAGGCCUGGUGUGUAGCAGGAAACUGUUUCAGUCUGCAGAGGGAGCAUGACAUCGCCAUCAAGUUUUUCCAGAGAGCCAUCCAGGUGGACCCGGGCUUUGCUUACGCCUACACUCUGUUGGGUCAUGAGUUUGUUCUGACGGAGGAGUUGGACCGAGCUCUCGCCUGCUUCCGUAACGCCAUCAGAGUGAACAACAGACACUACAACGCCUGGUAUGGUCUGGGGAUGAUUUACUACAAACAGGAGAAGUUCAACUUGGCAGAAAUCCACUUUAAGAAAGCUUUGAGCAUCAACCCUCAGAGCUCUGUGCUGCUCUGUCACAUCGGAGUGGUGCAGCAUGCGUUGAAGAAGUCUGAUGCAGCUUUAGAGACUCUGAACAGAGCGAUCGUGAUCGACCCCAAAAAUCCACUCUGCAAGUUCCACCGUGCCUCCAUACUCUUUGCCAACGACAAGUACAAGGCUGCUCUUCAGGAGUUGGAGGAAUUGAAACAGAUCGUUCCCAAAGAGUCUCUGGUUUACUUCCUCAUAGGAAAGGUGUAUAAGAAGCUGGGUCAGACUCACCUGGCUCUGAUGAACUUCAGCUGGGCGAUGGACUUGGAUCCUAAAGGAGCAAACAACCAGAUCAAAGAAGCCAUCGACAAGAGAUACCUGCCAGAGGACGAAGGUGAGACAGCUGCUGAAGUGGACGACAGUCAGGACAGCAGUAUCAUGACAGACGCUGACGACACGCAGCUCCACACGGCCGAGAGUGAUGACGUCCUUUAACCCCGCCCCCUAUCAUUAACCCCGCCCCCUGCUCAUGCCAAGCCCUGCCCCGAUUGGCUGGAGCAGUACUAUUGCUAGACAACAUUCUGACAGACGGAUGUUCAGUCACGCUCUGCCCCUCCUCACUGUCUUCUGAUUGGCUGAAACAGACUGCUGCUGCCCUGAAGCCCCGCCCCCUGCCCCUCUUCCUCAUAUGUCAUCAAGCUUGUCUUCUGACAUCACAGCUGUUUUUUAUGUUCUUUUUAUCAUCGUUAUGAAAAUAAAUCAAUAAAAAUGUGUAAACCCC